ACUACAGCUCCAGAACCUAUUACGACAACCACUGCAGCUCCUGCUACAACAACAACAACUUCAGCUCCUACGACAACCACAACAACAGCACCUCCAACAACUGUAGCUCCCACGAUAACUGCAGCUCCUACAACAGCUUUAGCUUCUAUGACAACCACUGCAGGCAUCACAACAACAACCUCUGCUCCUACGACCACGACCACUACAGCUCCAGAACCUAUUACGACAACCACUGCAGCUCCUUCUACAACAACUACAACUUCAGCUCCUACGACAACCACAACAACAGCACCUCCAACAACUGCUGCCCCUACGACCACUGUAACUCCACGACCUACUACGACAACCAGUGCAGCUCUUACUACAACAACUACAACUUCAGCUCCUACGACAACCACAACAACAGCACCUCCAACAACUGUAGCUCCCACGAUAACUGCAGCUCCGACAACAGCUUUAGCAUCUAGGACAACCACUGCAGCCCUAACAACAACAACUGCUGCUCCUACGACCACUACAGAUCCAGAACCUAUUACGACAACCACUGCAGCUCCUGCUACAAAAACUACAACUUCAGCUCCUACGACAACCACAACAACAGCACCUCCAACAACUGUAGCUCCCACAACAACUGCAGCUCCUACAACAGCUUUAGCAUCUACGAUAACCACUGCAGCCCCAACAACAACAACUGCUGCUCCUACGACCACUACAGCUCCAGAACCUAUUACGACAACCAUUGCAGCUCCUGCUACAACAACAACUUCAGCUCCUACGACAACC